AUGCCCCUGGGGCUGCUGGGAAAGAAGAAAGCCAAAACCAAGGAGGUUACCCCGUUGGUGGAGAGACAGCCCCCUGGGGCCGGCGAAGGCAGCCUCCCGGACCAAGUUCCCAGACGCAAGCUGGUUUUCUACACGCAGCUGGCGCAUGGCAGCCCCACAGGCAGAGUGGAGGAUUUCUCCAGCAUUCAGGAGCUCUACACCAAGAUCGCAGGCGCCUUUGAGAUCUCGCCGUCGGAGAUUUUAUACUGUACUUUGAAUACACCGAAAAUAGACAUGGAAAAACUCUUAGGAGUACAACUAGGCCUUGAAGAUUUCAUCUUUGCCCAUGUGAAAGGAAUUGAAAAAGAAGUGAAUGUGUAUAAAUCUGAAGAUUCACUUGGUCUCAUCAUUACAGACAAUGGCACUGGAUAUGCUUUUAUAAAGGGAAUCAAAGAUGGUAGCCUUAUUGACUCAGUGAAAACAAUCUGUGUGGGAGACCAUAUUGAAUCCAUAAAUGGAGAAAAUAUCGUUGGAUGGCGCCAUUAUGAUGUUGCUAGGAAGCUAAAAGAAUUGAAAAAAGAGGAACAGUUUACCUUGAAGUUAAUAGAACCUAAGAAAGCAUUUGAAAUAGAGCCAAGAACAAAAGCUGGAAAGUCCUCAGAAGAAAAAAUGGGUAGUGGAAGGGGGACACUUCGACUGAGAUCAAAAGGACCUGCCACCGUGGAAGAAAUGCCAUCUGAAGCAGAAACAAAGGCAGUUAAAAAGAUUGAUGAUCUUCUGGAAUUGUAUAUGGGAAUUCGAGAUACUGACUUAGCUACCACAAUAUUUGAAGCUGCAAAGAACAAAGUUAAUCCAGAUGAAUUUACUGAGGCACUUAACAAAACUCUUGGAGACUUUGCGUUCCCAGAGGAAUUUAUCUUUGAUGUUUGGGGAGCUAUUGGUGAUGCCAAACAAGGACGACUAUGA